CGGCGACGAGGAUUGUGGGAGACUUGAUAUCGAUUUGAUGCUUCAUGGUUGAUAACAGUAGACUUGAAUGUUUGCUCGGAAUCUGUUUUCAUACAAGGAUCCGUUUUAUUUGCACUGCAGUCGAGUCAGCGCCAUGUCUCAAGCUUCAUCACGCCAAUAGUCAUCGCUUUGGAGGAACAAUCCCCUUCCCCCAUCACUGUCGGCACUCGAAAGGCCAGAUCUUGAUCUGCCAACGGUGCCAAAGGAUCCUCUAAACGUCUCUCAAAAAUUUGGGACCUGGAGCGUGGGGGCUGAGACAAAGCGACAAACCCUCGUGGCUUGCGUUGCGUCAAUGUUGAAAAGCAAACUAUUCAUUUCAAAAUGAAGAGACCCCGAUUUCGUGUUCGAAAGGCUUUUCGAAAGCCCAAGAUGCCAACGGUCGCAGAGGCCAGAGACACAUGGCAGAAACUAAAGUGUCACUUCAACUUCUUCAGAAUACAUUUGCUCGUCUUCACCUUCAUCCCUAUCAUCGCCGCAUGUAUCUUCUACGCGGCCAAUGGGUCAGCAAGUGGUAAUGCGAACAGUGGCCUGACAGGCCGUCAAAAGGUUACCUUUAUUGACAGCUUGUUCCUAUGCUUUUCAGCUAUGACAACAACCGGCCUCUGCACAGUAAACUUAUCGGCCCUUCACCCGUUCCAGCAAGUAAUCUUGUUUUUUCUCUUUAUCGUCGGCGACUACUCUUUUGUCUCUCUUAUCAUGGUUCUGGUACGCAAGCAUUAUUUUCGGACUCACUGCGAACAGCUCCUUAUCAACGACCUUUUCCGACGAAUUCCCACAAUAUCAUACGACACUGGGGCACAAGGCGGUCUUAAUUACAGCUCGAAAAGUUUCAAGUCAACCAUCAAAAAAUUGCGAGGCAAGAAUAUCGCAAUUUCGGGACCUAUCGAUGGUCAUAAAAUGGACAAUUUUGCAGAAGAUGGUCUUGUCACCGCUGGGGAUCAAGAACAGCAUAUGAUGACUGAUUCGCCUGUGGAUAUGACGUUUGAAGAGCGAGGAAGACGAGAGCGAGCAGAAGCUUCAGAAAUUCCGGCUGACAACCAGACUCCUGGUCCACGUGUACCCUCGACUCUUGGGAAAUCUACAGCUGCCUUACUCAAUCCUGCCAAUGCAGCGCCUCCUCCAGCCACAAGUUCAGCUCAAGCCGAAGAUCAUCGAUCUCCUUUUGUCGAUCCUCUGUUCCAAGCUCGUCAGCGGUUGAGAACUCAGACCCGCGCCAAGAGUAUCAGCGCAGCUCAACAUGGUCGAUCUACCUCUGAUCACCGCCCAACUCCUCCACACGUUACCUCAGACGUACCGAAUCAUAUGGGAGGGGGUGCUAUCCCUCCAAAACGCAAAAACAAUGUACAUAUUAAAGACUAUUCCCAUCAUGACCAAUCUCAACACCCCCAUCUGCACACCGCUGCUCAAAUUGUGACUCACCAUACUAUUGACCCCACUCGCGGUCUGCCCAUACCUUUCGGCCAUAAAAAUACUGGCUACGGCGGGUUUCCCAGUCUUUUACACAUUUUCCACCAUUUUCUACCCGAAAGAGCCAAACAGAGACUCUACAGACCGGUUCGUCGAGUAGGCAUUGUGAUGCAUCCAACUUAUGCUCAUGAGUUUGAAAAUGGGCACGCCGGUCACGAGGAAAGCUGGAGUGAAGCGAUAAGAGGGUCGGUAGCAAAGUGGAUGCCAGAAGGAUUGCAGGGACUUGUGAUUGGAAGGAACUCACGGUUCUGGACAGAAGAGCUCGAUGAUGAAGAAUUGGAGCAAAUUGGUGGUGUAGAGUAUAGAGCUCUUAAACUCUUGAGCUCCAUCGUAUCGUCAUACAUAUUUCUCUACCAGAUGAUCCCCUUUGCGAUACUUAGUAUCUAUUUCGCCAAGGUGGAUUACUGGAACUCUGCAUUGCUCGAAACAGCUGGCGAACAAGCUGGUACUGUCAACAAGACAUGGUUCUCGCUCUUCUUAUCUGCUUCCGCUUAUACUGGAUGUGGUAUGGUAUUAACAGACGAAGGGCUUGUGCCUUUCCAGACCUGUUAUCUCAUGAUCUAUGUCCUCAUAGUGGCAUUAUUAGUAGGCAAUCAUGCUCUGCCAAUUAUGCUGCGAUUUAUUAUCUGGAUUGGAACAAAGAUCACCAGGAAGGGAGUGAAGCAUGAGUCAUUGCACUUUCUUUUAGAUCACCCUCGGCGCUGCUUCUUAUACCUGUUUCCAAGCCAUCAAACUUGGUACUUACUUUUUAUCCUUCUGGCGUUCACGGUUGUUGAGCUUUUCUCCUUCCUUGUUCUCAACAUUGGUCUUCCUGUCGUUGAUUCGCUUGGUGGCUGGGAACGAUUCUCGGAUGGAUUAUUGCAAAGUCUGAGCGUGCGGGCAUCUGGAUUCGGGAUUAUCACAAUCUCUGAUAUGGCACCUUCGGUGCUCUUCUUGUACAUUAUUUUUAUGUAUGUGGCUAUAUAUCCUAUUGCCAUGUCUGUCAGAUCUACAAAUGUGUACGAAGAGCGGGCGCUCGGACUGUACGAACAUGAUGAUCCCGAUACGUCAGGUCAAGAUGAACCGCAAUUUAAAGGUCACCGUCGAGAAGUCUUCAGUAAAUAUUUGAUGUGGCACAUGCGCCGUCAACUAGCGUUUGAUGUUUGGCCUUUGGCAUUAGCCGUCCUUACGAUUUCUAUGCUUGAGCGAGGGAAACUUUUGGACCCACAGAACUCCUGGUUUACUAUAUUCAGGAUCAUUUUCGAAUGUACAAGUGGUUACGGUACUAUCGGUCUCACUCUCGGAACUCCCAACAACAAUUAUGCAUUCUCGGGCGAGUUUGGUACUGCUUCAAAAUUGGUCAUGAUAGUUAUCAUGUUGCGAGGGAGACAUCGUGGGUUGCCUGUAGCUAUUGAUAGGGCAAUUUUGCUUCCUCGAGAGUAUUCCCGCAUCGUCAAACCCUCCGAAGGCUUACAACCAACGCUAUCUCACUCCGAUCCAUUUACCCGUGCAUCGAAUGAAGAUGAUAGAUCGAGACCGAUAGAAAUGGAACUUGAAGAGGCUGAUAGACAAGGAUAAUUAAUUGUUCUGAGCUAGAAAAUCCUUCUUGGGUAACUUACGCGACCUUUUGGGCUGUACACAGUCGUUCAAAGUUCCACAUAUAUCUACGUCGUUGAUAUCGCAUAUUGUUGGAGCAGUGCCGCUUUGCAUAAAAUGCCACGUUCCAACUCCGGAAAUAUCAGCAGAAUAA